AUUUAUUUAAAAAUCAAGUAUGAAUAAAAAUAUCAACAGAAAAUCUAGUGAAAAACUCUUAAAUCCGUUUUUUGAAAGUGUGACUUCUCUGGUCAGUUCUAAAAAAUGGCUGGAGACAAAUGGUUUAAAGAAAUUAAAACUCGAUCUUCCUCAUAUAAUGUCAGCUAUUGGAAUAAAAACUGAAGACGACUAUAUUCGAAUUUUAAAAAAAUCUGUUUCUUCAAAGUAUGGAAAUUCAUUAUUUAAAAGAAUUCCUUUAAAAGAUGGCUCAGUUUAUAAUCUAACUGCUUCAACUGAUGAACUGGUUGAAAUUGAGAACACUUUAAAAAAAAUCUUAGAACUUUACAAAAGUCGUUUUGAAUGGCUUGUCAGUGGAAGUCGUAAACUAUUUGGUAUAAUAGAAGGAAGAAGUAUAUGUAUAAUUCUUGAUAUUAAUCCAGAUGAUAAACAAGCACUUGCAUACUUUAUCAAAUGUCUUAUUUCUCUACUAAAACAACAGCUAGUGUAUGUUGAGAAAUUUAAUUUUAUAAGAGCUGCAAGUGAAAUUAUAACAUGGCAACCUCAUUGUGUUACUGUUACUCCUGAAAGUGUAUCUAAUGCUGUUAGUUGGAUAAUGGACUUAGAUUUGGAUGUGAAAAACAAAAGUUCUACUGUGUUGGAGUGUUUAUUUUAUGCUAUAAAUGAUACUUCUUUGGAUGCCAUCUAUAUUUUUACGGAUGGAUCACUUUGCAAAAGUGGAAUCAAUAAUUUACUGGAAAAGAUUAAAGAUAUUUAUUUGCCACCAAUUCAUGUUUCAGUACUUAAUUGUAUAAAUCCUGAAUACUUAAAGUUUCUUAGAAAGUUUGCAAAAGCAACUCAUGGGAGAUUCAAUAACUAUAAUAAUAAAGAGAAAGAAAAAUCUAUAACAAAUAACUCAAUGUCUUCUGAUGUUAUACUUAUGUUGAAGGAAAUUAACGAAGCGCAGUCUAUUUUUUUAGACAUUCAAACCAUUCUUAAAAAUGUAACACAAGAUUUAUCUAAUCAUUCAGUAUCUCAACACACUCAGCCAUCUAAUGAAGAAAGACAUUUAUCCUCUAAAGAUUGGUUAAAUUCUAUAGCUGGACUAAGUAAAAAUCAUCUUUUGUUAAAUCAUUUUUUGAAGGAACAUGUAGUUCAUGACUGUGAAGACUUUGGAGAUCAUGAAAAUGAAGAAAAACCAUCAAACAAAAGUUGUGAUUCAUUUUCUCAUGUCAAGUUUAAUGAUGGUAUUGUUAAGCAUAUUCAAAUUACCGAAUCAAUGAUAAAUGAGUUUAAAAAUAAAGUAACAGACCUUGUAAACAAAUAUGAAUUUAGAAUAAAAUGGUUAAAAGAAGGCAGCAGAGCAUUUUUUGGAAACAUUCUAGAAAAAAAGGUUGUUCUUUUGGUAGAUACAUCAUCAUCAAUGGAAGCCAAGUUAUAUCAAGUCAAAAAGGCUUUAUGUAAAGUAAUUCAGGAACAAUUACCUGAAAAAGAAGUUUUUAACAUAUUACAUUUUAACUCUGAAGUGCAUAUGUGGAAAAGUGAAAUGAUGGAUUGUUCAGAAAUAAAUUUCAAAGAUGCCACUGUUUGGGUAAAGUCUUUGUUUGCUGCUGGAAGUACAAAUACUUUGGAAGCACUCCAAUCAUGCUAUACUUUAAAAGACAUUGAAGGAAUUUAUUUAUUGUCAGAUGGAAGACCUGAUCAACCUUGUGAAGAAAUUUUAAAUCAUAUUAAUUCAUCGAUACCAAUACAUUCAAUUUCUUAUAAUUGUGAUGAUGAACAAGCAAAUGGUUUUCUUUAUGAGUUAUCAAGAAAAACCUCAGGAAGAUAUCAUUGUUUCUUUGAAAAUGAGUUUUCUAUUGGUGAGAAAUUUCAGAGCGAAGAUUUGCAUCUGAUAAAAAAAGAAAUAAAAAAAGCCCAACAUGAACUUGAAAAAUCAAAUUUAUUGCAAAAAGCAGUUCAACAAAAAAAUGCUGCUAGAAAAUUCUGUCUGGAUCCUAACAAAUUGAAAAAUAGACCUGUAUCUGCGUAUGUUGACAAUAAAUCAUCUUUACUGAGAACGAAAGUAAUGAAUGAAAAUGAAGACAAACAAGAAAAUAAGCACAACAGUCUAAAAGCAAAAAAGAAAAAGCUAGAACAUGAAAGUGAAAAUGUGAAUAAUAUUAAGAAGUGGAUAAAAAGAUAUGGUUUAAAGGCUUGCAAGCUUACCAUUACUGAUGCAUUAGCCCCAACAAUUAUUUCUAGAAAACCUGCUUAUAUACCUGUAUUGGGGAAAGAUGUAUUGUCCAAAGUGUUUGGAGAGGCUAUCCCUGUCAUUAAAACUGUAAGUGGUCUUAGCAAAGAACUGCAUGCAAUAAAUCUACAUGUUCUUGAUUUGGACUCUUAUGAAGAAAAGUUAAAUAAUUGGUUUAAAGUUAUAAUUAGCAAAAUGACUUCAUAUAUUAUUUCAAAUAUGCCUGUUGAAGUCAAAGAAAAGAUGAAUGUAGAAAAAGUUUAUGAGUACUCUGAAUGUAAAGAAAUGUUAUUCCAAUCCUAUAAUGAAAAUGAGUUACCUGAAAAGAUUCAAAAAGACUUGAAUUUGUUAGAAGCUGAACUAGAAAGAGGUCAUGUAUUCUUAAAACAAUCUACCGAUCUUAAAGAAUUUAUAAAACAAAUGGAUAAAGAAAAGAUUGACGAGAAAGAAGACAAUUUAGUUUCUGUAAAGCCUAAGAUGAAGGUUAGGGAUGUUGGAGAUGGUUCAAUGAGGUUUAGAUACCACAGAGUAUUAGCACGAAAUGAUUUUGAUGGUUAUUAUUAUUUAGCCUUAGUUAAGAAGUAUCUAAACUCACGUUUUGUUAAUGUAUGCUUUGAUAAUGGUGAAGAACAAAUUGUAUCAGUUCGUUAUGUUAUAUCUGUUGGAGGAUCAAGACCAUGUCCAUCGCUUAAAAUAGGCGAUCAUGUACUUGCAAGGUGUCAAUCACAUGAAAGUCUUAAUGGAGAAGAUGAUUGCUACAAACCUGGUAUCGUUCAAGUAACACCUGUUCAAGCUAAUUCCUCUCUAAACUUUCAUACUGUUGUUUUGUAUAAUGGAAUGAAAAUAACUUUAUUACGCAAAGAUAUGUCAAAAAUCAGUCGAGCAAGAUUUGUGCAAACAGUUCGGUUCAUUCAAGAGGCUGUGAUAUCAUCUCAAAAUGAGUUCAGAUUGAAAGAUUUUCAAGAAAAAGAAACUCAAUCAUUAUCGGAUGAAAGUUCUGUAACAUCUGGAAAAUCUGAAGAUUAUCGCAAUGCUGAAACUAAUAGUGUUGUUUCAGAAGAUAAGGAACAAGAUGUAUAUGAUGUUGUUUCUAUUCAUUCAGAGUAUGACAUGGAUGAUACAAUUAAAAAGUUAGAAUUAACUAAUGACUUGACAAAAGAAAGUUAUGAAAACAAUACAAAUUUGUUAAAUGAUUUGACAAAAGAAAGUUAUGAAAACAAUACAGAUUUGACAAAAGAAAAUUUUGAAAACAAAUUAAAUUUAUCGUUAAAUGAAGACGAUUUUUUUGGGAGUCAGAGUGAGCAAACAGACAAACUAAAUGAAAAUGAAUUAUUGGAAAAUGAUAAAUCCCGAGAUCUAAAAAAUGAUAUUUUAACAGAUAUAAAUGACGAUUCCACUUCAAUAAAAAACAAAAUCAUCAGUGUACAAUUACUUGAAGAACUUCAGCAAAAAAUAAAUGAACAUCAAAAAUAUAUUGAAAUGAAGUAUGAUUUAAAGUUUCAAGAGUUAUCAGAGCAAGCAAACACACUUCAAAAAAUAGAAGAAUUUUUAUGUGAAAAAAUUGCACAUCAAACAGAUUUACAAAAACAGUUCCAGUUGCAAAUAUCUGAUGAUAUAAAGCAGCAAGAACUUCUAUUACAAAAGCAAUUACAAAUGCAAUAUGAUGAACUUCAAAAUAAAAAAGAAUAUUCAAGUAAUGAAUAUCUUCAGUCAACAAAAGAACUACUUUAUCAGCAUGAACAACUAAUUAAACAAAUUUUGGAGAAUCAACAACAUCAACUUGUUCAGCAAAACAAAGAAAUAUCUGAAAGUCAAGAAGUUAAUGAAAAAAAAGAAUCUUCCAAUGAUAUUUCUCCGCUUUUAAGUUAUGAAUCCAAAGAUGAUGUCACAGAUGACUUUUUAUUAAAAGAUAUUCCUUGGUCAAGCACACCAUCAGAUGUACUUAAUUCAAGAUCAGAAAUAAAACAUGAUAUAUAUAACACCAAUAACAUUAUUAGCUCUUCAGAAAAACAACAUACUAAUGAAAAAGAUAAUCUUUCAUCUGAACUAAAAGUUCUUGUACACCCUUUGUCAGAAGCAGUAUUAUUAGCUCAAGGAGAUUCUGGAUUAUUUGUGUCUCGUACUCCAUUAGAAUCUGGACCAGUUGUUCAAAUAAGUAGCAUUUCUUCACCCCUUGCUAUAGGUAAAGAGGUUCUGGGAAGAUUUAAAAAUGAUGGAUUGUAUUAUAAAGGUAUUGUUCGAAGGUUGUUGAAUUCCACUUAUGUCAUAGAGGAUGGUUUUGGAGAUGUAUAUAAAGUAGAACGCGACAACAUCAUAUUUGAGACUGCAGAUAAUACUAUUCAGAUUGGCAGUCAUGUCAUUGGUUUAUAUUCUAGCUUGGUUUCCUCUUAUGCGCCUGGCACAGUGAUAUCAUUAGAUAGAGGCAGUGCAAUAAAUAUACAAUUUUAUGAUGGUCAAACUUCACUUGUUCCGUGCACAGAAGUUUAUUUAACAACAUAUUCUAAGUUUGAAAGGGACAUAUUGAUUAUAAGACAGCAUGAGAGUGCUUUGGUCGGACAAACUGUUGUUGCCAGAGAUAAUAAAACUGGAAAGUAUCACUUAGCAACCGUAAAGAGUCAAAUACUUGGAUCAAGAAAUUAUCUAGUUGAGUGGUCAGAUCAAACAUUAGAACAUCAGAACUAUGUUUUUAUUUUUGGUUCACACUCAAUACAUAAAAAUAUGAAAAACAAAAGUCAUUGUUUAGCCAUUACUGAUAAAGAUACAUUUACAUAUUUACCAGCCAUUGUUGAAAGUGUAAAAGAAAAUGAGUUGAAUCUGGUCUUUUGUGAUUCAAACACUGUUAAAGCCGUUGAAUCAGCGCACGCAUUUUGGAUUUCUGAACAUUUCUACAAAGAUGCAGUUUAUUAUUGGAAAUCCAAAAAUAAUUUAUCUACUUAGAAAAUGAUUUUUUUUUAACGUUUAUAAAUUUUUAAGUUUUAUAUUAAUACAUGUAGAAAAUUGUAAAUUUUUUGCAAAUUUAAUGUAGAUGUAAAAUAUUGUCAAAUAUAAUUUAUUAUAUAUGUAAA